UAUUUGAAUAAUAUAAUAAUUUAAUAUUGGAUGUAUGAACUGUGAGGAGAAAAAAUGGCACCUUGUUGUACCCGAUUAAUACAUAUAAUAUCAAAGUUUAACAAACAUUACACCCAUAAUUCAUGCCAAAAAGGGUGGAUAUGAGAAUUGCUUAUGAAAGUUUUUACAGUUAAACUGCUUUCACUCAAAAUGACCUCUCAGCUGAGCUCUCCUCCAUGACAUCAUAAUUAGAAUGAAUAGAACUCUGAACUGCUGUUCUAAACUGCUGUUCUGACUCUUGACUGCUGUUGGUGUGUUUAGGAGUGAACUGAUUCAGAGCUACUUUCGUGUCUUUCAGCGUUUUUUGACGACAACUUUUGAAUUCAGUUACAGCAUUCACUGUUCAAAAUGUCACUGUUUACCAGUGUAUUUCGGCAGCUGUCUGCAUGUUUUACACCGUCAUGGGGCAGAAGGCUGAGCCCUCAAAGAGCAGAGAUGAGUGCAGAGGUAGGAGAAAGUAAGGUCAUGUCCACAAAGAAACACCGCAAGGUGAAGUCCUAUCAUGGACAGAGACCGGAGAAUGAGGGAGAGGGUCUGAAAGACCAGGCUGAAGAAGAAAAAGAAGCUCCCAGCCUUGAAAACCUACAGAUCACAGAGAAAGAAGGAGGAGAACCUGGAGCAAAGAAAAGAAAGAGGAGAAAGCUGAAAAGCAAAAAGACUCCUCCUCUUCCCAUAGAGGUCAAACCUCUGCCAGCUUCAGCCUGUUUCUCCUCUUUACCUCCAGUUGGAGAUCAAGCUGAACAUUCAGAUGUCCUCGCUCUCCCAGCUGCUUGCCUCAAACCUCUGCUGAAAAACAAAGAGUCACUUCCUCAUCUUGUUGAGGUCAAACCUCUGCCAGCUUCAGCCUGUUUCUCCUCCUUAACACCUUUUGGAGGUCUACCUGAACAUCCAGAAGUUCUCGUUCUCCCAGCCUCUCACCUCAAAGCCCUGCCGCCUCUCUCAAAUCCAGCAUCCCAUCCUCAAACGCCUGUUGAGGAAACUGAACACGUGCUGCCAAGCUCAGUCAUUCCAGUGGCUCCAUGUGUCUCUCCAGAACCAGUCCUCCUUCCCCUCCAGAGCUCUUCUGUGGUGGCUUCUCUGUGCUCGAUUCCUCUAAUCUCUGCAUUUGAUGAGGUUGUGUCUCUUGAAAAGCCUCAAGCAUCUGAGUUUUCUCCCUCUUCAGGCCUCAUGCUCUUUGACUUUGAGGAUGAGGAGCUUGAGUUCAUGGAGUACACAGAGGAAAACAUAGAAGCUUUCUAUGAGUCUGAAAUGAAGCCGAGGCGGAUGGCGGCUUGGUUGGAGCAGGAGGAAGUGACGGAGGUCCAGAAAGAUGGAGGAAAGGGAGCCUCGCAGGUCAUACAAAACCCGCUAAAUGAGGUGUCUCGUGAAAAGGCGUUUGAGCAGCUCCUGAUUCAGGCGUUCUGCACCGGACCUCCUGCGUACACUGAAAUCAAGAGGAGGGUGAAGCCAAAGAGGAACAGCCCGCUGGUACUGUUCAGCUUGAUGGAUGAGAAGGUGAAGAAAAAGCAGGAAAAGAAAGUGCGGAAGGAGGAGGAGCGAAAUCAAAGGGAUCUCCUGCUGAAGCGCUACAGAAAUGAUCCCAAACUCAAACACUUGUGGAUCAAUAAGCACAAUCCCAACUGCAGCUGGCUCUGAAGCAGAUCACCGUCCCUCCCUGACAUUCCCUCUACUCCUUUACCCUACUGCACAUUCCUGCCUGUAAAUAAAAAUAUGUGCAAAGCAAAGCUGAAGGUUUCAUGACUCUUUAUUAUUAUUGCAAGUUUUAUUUCUAAUGCACUGGAAAAAAUAUAUUUCAACAUAUAAUAUUCAUUCAUUCAUUUUCUUUUUCGGCUUAGUCCCUUUAUUAAUCAGGGGUCGCCACAGUGGAAUGAACCGCCAACUUAUCCAGCAUAUGUUUUCCACAGCGGAUGUCUUUCCAGCUGCAACCCAUCACUGGUAAACACCCAUACACUCUCACACACAUACACUGAGGACAAUUUAGCUUACCUAAUUACCCUAUAGCACGUCUUUGGACUUAUGGGGGAAACCGGAGCACCUGGAGGAAACCCACGCCAACACGGGGAGAACAUGCAAA